AUGAACAUGGCGGCUCUCUGUAGUGAGUUUGGGGACCUGGUACAAAUCAAGAAACAGCUCAUAUCGGUGAUUUCGCUCUGUAAAGAAAGAGGACUUUUACACAGCGCCAAGUGGGCAUCCGAAUUGGCUUUUGCUUUGGACCGCCUUCCCAAAGAUGAGUUGCCGCCGUCGCAUCCGUUCACUGAGGAAGACGCACAAGACCUGGACGCUCUCACGCUGGCCAAAUCCUACUUCGACCUGAAGGAGUACGACCGCGCCGCCUACUUUCUGAAAGGCUGCUGCAGCCGGAAGGCGUACUUCCUCUACAUGUACUCUCGCUAUCUGUCAGGCGAGAAAAAGAAGGACGAUGAGACCGUGGACAGCUUGGGUCCUCUGGAGAAGGGUCAGGUGCGCAACGAAGCCCUGCGAGAGCUGAGGGUGGAGCUCAGUAAGAAGCACGCUGCGGGAGAGCUGGACGGCUUCACCUUGUACCUGUACGGGGUGGUGCUACGAAAGCUCGACCUGCUGAAGGAGUCGGUGGAGGUGUUUGUGGACGCGAUUCACGCACUCCCUCUUCACUGGGGAGCGUGGCUGGAGCUCAGCAACCUCGUCACCAACAUCGAAAUGCUGAAGUCCUUGUCCCUCCCAGACUGCUGGAUCAAAGACUUCUUCAUGGCCCACAUGUACACGGAGCUGCAGAUGAUCAAAGAGGCGCUGCAGAAGUACCAGAACCUGAUCGAGGCCGGCUUCUCCAAGAGCACCUACAUCAUCUCGCAGAUCGCCGUCGCCUACCACAACAUCAGAGACAUCGACCAGGCGCUGGCGCUCUUCAACGAGUUGCGGGAGCAGGAUCCGUAUCGCAUCGACAACAUGGACACGUUCUCCAACCUGCUCUACGUCAAAACCAUGAAGCCAGAGCUGAGCUACUUGGCCCACAACCUGGUGGACAUCGACAAGUACAGGGUGGAGACGUGCUGCGUCAUCGGGAACUAUUACAGCCUGCGCUCUCAGCACGAGAAGGCGGCGCUGUACUUCCAGCGCGCCCUCAAGCUGAACCCGCGCUGCCUCGGCGCCUGGACCCUCAUGGGCCACGAGUACAUGGAGAUGAAGAACACGUCGGCCGCCAUCCAGGCCUACAGGCACGCCAUCGAAGUGAACAAGCGGGACUACCGCGCCUGGUACGGCCUCGGCCAGACGUACGAGAUCCUCAAGAUGCCUUUUUACUGUUUGUACUAUUAUCGGAAGGCUCACCAGCUCAGGCCCAACGACUCGCGCAUGUUGGUCGCGCUCGGGGAAAGCUACGAAAAGCUGUCGCAGCAGGUGGAAGCCAAGAAGUGCUACUGGAGAGCGUACUCUGUGGGCGACGUCGAGAAGAUGGCUCUCCUGAAGUUGGCAAAGCUCCACGAGCAGCUGACGGAGUCGGACGACGCGGCCAAGUCCUACAUGCUUUACAUCCAGGACAUCUUCUCUUGUGGGGAGCAGCUGGAGCACGCGGAGGUGAGCACGGCGCUGCGCUACCUGGGUCAGUACUACUUCAAGAACAAGCUGUACGACGAAGCGUCGCUCUGCGCGCAGCGCUGCUGCGACUACAACGACGCCCGCGAGGAGGGGAAGGCUCUCCUGAGGCAGAUCUCGCAGGUCAGGGAUCAGACGGAGACGCCGUCGGCGGAUCUGUUCGCGCCGCUGUCGGACGCCAACACGCCGGUGAGGAGGGUGUCGCCCCUCAACCUCAUCUCCUUCACGCCCUGACACGCCGCCCUCCGAUUGGCUGGCUCUCACAUGGACUAUAUGAUUGAGGGGUGGACAACGGCGUCUUUGGGAGGAUGUGCUUGUGUGGAUGUGUAGAUUUGUUAAUGAUAUUAAAAUAUACUUGGUUUGUA